UAAUAUCUGCUUGGUUCAUAGCACAAAACCACGAGACUCAAAGUAAACAAAUGGAUUCUUGGCUCAACAUAGUACUGAUGUGUGGACUCUUAAUAGUAACUCUUCAGGGAACCAACGGAUCCAGACUUCCUCAGUCCAAAAAUGACAAGGAACAAAUGCUGAAGACAAAUAUCCACCAUCUGCAAGAGCAUUAUAACACACUCAGCACAGAAUGGGUUGGAAAGUCAGUUUUUGUUUCCUAUUUGGACCAGCUGAACUCCAAGGGCUCUUGCACUUGUCAGACAGUGUUACUUGAAGGAAUGCUGAAAAUCUACGAAGAAAUCUUCACUGACAUGCUGAACAAGUCUGAGAACAAAGAAGUCCAAUCUGAUCUAAAAAAUUUAAAGAGGAUGGUACAAAACUUGAGACAUAAGCACAGUGUAGAACAGAGUGUAUGGAGGGAACUUCAGGACAUUCACUCAAUCAAGGUGAAGAAUGCUACAGUCCAGGGAGGAGCACUCAAUGACUUUCUCAUGGUGUUUUAUCAGUCCAACACAGAAAAACAUCUAAACAAGAUUCACUGAGAAGAUCGAAUAAGCAGACUUAAUCCAAGUCACGUGUCCUCAAUACAUGUAACAUACUGGUGCCUUGCUAUUGUAUUAUUUAUUUUUAAAUUAUAUGGAGAAAAAUAUUUAUUGUUUUGUAUUGCACUAUACUACAGUGGUUCUCAACUUGGUCAUGACCCACAAAUGGUUCGCAAAGUCUGUUCUGAUAAGGUCUUGGACAGCACAGAAAAAAACAACAACAAAAAAAAAACAAUGCUAAAUGGAAAAAAUAAAAUACAA